GGUAUCAUGUACUCUUUGCGGAUCCCUCAUAGUAAAAUACCUACCCCGUGUUUGCGUCAUAUUAUCUUCUCUUUGCAAACUGAAAGAAUAAAUGCUGACCUCUGGAUAUUUGCGUUUUGAGAGGAGUAGGUCUACUGGUCUAUCAGAUUGCAAGUGUUCCUCGUGUGUUGAACACUGUUCCAGGAGUCAUCAGUACUAUCAAGGAUCAGAGUCCCCUUUCAGGGGCAAUGCCAACGAAAGUUUGGGAUUGCCAGCAACUUCAUCCGGAACAACAACAAACGGAGACAGUUCUUCGGCAAUAUUUAAGGAACAGUGUACUGUCGUGUGAGUGCUUCAGUCAGGAUGGGCCAGCAACUUUCAGGCCAAGCGGUGAUGACCCGUCUGCCUGAGAAGCUGGUGAAACAUGCUGGGCUGGUGCGUGACAGCAGCUACCUCACCUACGAGGAGUUUCUGGCAAGAGUGGCUGAACUUAAUGAUGUUACUGCCAAGCUAGCUGCUGGGCAGCAGAAGCAUUUGCUCUUUGAGGUGCAGCCAGGCUCAGAUGCCACUGCUCUGUGGAAGGUGGCAGUGAGGAUAGUCUGCACCAAGAUCAACAAGGAGGAUGGUAUAUUGGAGGCGUCCCGCAUUAUGAACCUUUACCAGUUCAUCCAGCUCUACCACGACAUCACCAGCCAGGCUGCCGAGGUGCUGUCAGCAGAGGGCGCCACUGGGCCCUCCAUGCAACUGCCCUCUACAGACUCCUGCCAGGCCAGCAUGUGGAUGGGCAGGGUAAAGCAGUUGACUGAUGAGGAGGAGUGUUGUAUCUGCAUGGAUGGAAAGUCAGACCUGAUUCUGCCCUGUGCACAUAGCUUUUGUCAGAAGUGCAUCGACAAAUGGAGUGGACACAGCCGAAACUGCCCGAUAUGUCGCCUGCAAGUGACCGCUGCCAAUGAAUCGUGGGUGAUGUCCGAUGCCCCUACAGAGGAUGACAUCGCUGGUUACAUUCUCAACUUGGCAGAUGAGGCAGGCCACCCGCACAGACCUUAACACCCAACACACUGAGCCACUUUGAUGAGGAGAGCAAUCAAAUCAGAGAGUAUUUCAUGAUUUAGUUUUAUUGGGUGGGGGAAUCGAACAACAGUGAAGAAAGUAGUCUUUUUUCUGAUACAUUGGGUGUUUUGGGUCCCAUUUGGGGGUUUAGUAUCACCUAAAAAGCUUUCAAAUUCCAAAAUUUACUUCACCCAACCUUCCCAUUUGAACCACUGUAAAAUAAAUGGUUCUUUUUGGGAACUGUGAGCUUGGUAAGUUGGCAAAAGUAGUAGUUGUAUCAAUGAAAUUGUAAAAAAAAAAUUUUGUUUUGUUUUUUUUGAUAUUACAAAAUGUAGUCUAUUCUCUAAUGCACGAAAAUGAAUGAGGAGAGUAUAUACAUUUCGGAGGUUGAUUUAACCUCUAACUGACAGAGUUGACUUUGGGGCUGGAGUGAACCAAUUAUCUUAGACCUGAUUCAGGUUCAGUGUUGCCUUUCACAUUGCUACGGAUGAGACCGAAACAGAUAUCAGGGAAGUUGAUUGAGGCCAGCACACUUUUUUUGAGAGACUUAACUAAGCGUGACCUGCAUACAUCAAAGUUUUUCGUAAUGCUCAUGUUAGAUUACUGAACAUGGCCCCAAACCAUAAACUACUCUUAUAACCAGCCUAUGUAAUGUGAUACUGCAUGUGUAUAUCUCACAUCACACAGCAUAUGACCUGUGUCUUGUACACAUACUGUAAGAUGACAUUUAAGUAAUGAUACUGCUUUGAUCCAGGUCGGAAGCAGAUGUUUGACUAUUAGUUUGGAUUUGUGCAGAGUCUAACGGGUUUGCUAUUUUUUAGAAAACUUGCUUGCUAUUGACUCUUAGUGGAAAAUAGCACUGGUCAUCUUUUAAGUUUUAAGUUUUUAAAAUAGAAAUUCCUUUUUCUUUUCCAUAAUUUAAGAUCUAUUUUUAAUCUGAUUGCUGUAUAGAUACUGUGGUAACCUUCCACAAAUAUGUUGUAAACAUACUUGCUUGGUCAUGCCUAUACAUAUUAUCUAAACACGAAAUUGCACUUAAAAUGAUGAAUAACAUUUUGAAAUGGGCAGCUCUUUGUUUGCAAGUAAAAUUAAGGCGUAAAAUUUCAGUCAUGUAGCAGAUAAGUAUUAGAGUGUGGUGAGCUAACCAUAAUUUCAUCAACAUAAUAAAAUUUUCGAUAAUGAAAACUGAUGAAUUAUUUAAUUUAAGUAGGGAUUGAUGUGGCAUUGUAAUUCUUGGAUUUCUUUCACCUGUUAUUCAACGAGUAACACACAUCUUGCAUAAAGUUGGUAAUUUUCAGACAUAAUCCCCGUUAAACAAUAUUUAAACUUUUUAUUCCAGAUAUGAUACUCUAACAUGAGAUGUUUUAUAAUGGGUUCAGUAGAAACUCAAACAAAGCAUUUUCCAAAUUCACAGAAAAUUGAAUCAGUUCAAAUGGACACAAUGUUUACUGGGAGAAACAUUUCAUCACUCAUCUAAGUGACCUCUUCAGUCUCAACUGACUGCAGGUAUCCCCACCCUUAUUAAGAAUACAGUUGCAUAACAACCGAAACCAAUGAUUGGUUUCAUAUGAAACUAUCAGCCAUUAUGCCACUGUAUUGUUUUAAAAGGGUGGGGAUACCUGCAGUCAGUUUAGACUGAAGAGGUCUAUUAGAUGAGUGACAAAACAUUCCUCUCAAAUGUUGUGUCUAGACAAAAUGAUUCAAUUUCCUGUGGAUUUCUUACCUGGAUUUAUUGAGCAUGCAUCAAGACAUUUUCCAAAUUAGACAUUAGAUAAUUAUUAGGCUGUUCUCUGUUUAUGUAAUGGCCCUUAAACGUGAAAAUGAAACGAGAUCAAAAGUACAUUUUAGUUGUCCCAAUUGACACAACACGCUGUGGAAACAUGCUGUAGCUCUUAACGUUCCUAUCUGUAUACUUUUAUGCACUACAUCAACCAUUUUGUAUCUUCAGAGAGGUGGCUGAGACCACCUUUGGUUGGUUCCCCACCAAGAAUACUAAAAGAUCUGCAGCUUAGGGCCAGAUCUUAUAUUUCAGAGUCUGUUUCCAAAGAAUGAGGCCGUACGGUCUGGAGCCUCGUCUUCAAAUUCAGUCGUGUGGUCAUUUCAGAGGUCAUGUUUUAAAAAAGCAGCACAUACCCUCAAGCCUGAGAGAAUGAUAAUAACUCAAUAUAGCACAGUAGCUUAAGUUAAACUCUGCAUUAAUCUUGGCAGUAAUAUUCAUUUGUCAUCCCAAAUCACAGCCCCUGACCGUGAGCAUAACAUUUGUACUAGGUUUUCUUGUUUGUUUCUAAUAAUUAGGUCUGCGACCUUUUUACAAAAAUCUGACUACUGUCUAAUUCAAUGCUUCAGCCUGAGAGAGUAUCUAACUAUCCUUAUUUAACAAUUUACUUUAAAAUCACGGUGAAGGGAUUAGUUGCUUUUCUUUCUUUUUUUUUGUCAUACAGAAAGCAGGAAUUAGAAUAACUUAACAUGUAGGCAUAAUAUAUUGAAACUUAUCAUUUUUA